AUGACCAUCAAUCUACCGUCAGAUUGUCUCGCUCACAUUUUUUCAUAUUUUGAAUUCGAUGUAAAAUCAUUACAUUCUUUUCUAUUCGUAUCACGAAAUUGGUGCCUAAACGUAACUCCGAUAUUAUGGAAAAGAACAUUUUAUAUUACAUUUCGUAAUUCUUUUUCAUCUAGAAAAAGAAGUAAAUUAAUAUCAACUUAUUUAUUAUGUUUAGACUGGAAUUGGUAUUCUUAUCAAUCAUUGGAUGAACAAAGAUCAAUAAAUUUUGAUAAAAAGAAAUAUUCUGAUUAUGAUGAUUAUGAUGAAUGUCGAAAACUUUAUUUAACUAGAGAACUCAUUAAUCAUUUUAUUAGAAGAUCAAUCACGAUUGAUUAUUUGGCUUUAACUGCAAAUGAUAUAGAAUUUAUAAUUCCUUCAGGAUUUUGUUGCUUUCCUUUAGAAUGUUGGCAUCAUAAUAAUGCAUUAAAAUAUAUUCAAACAUUUAUAUUUAAUGGGAACAAUACUUUUAAUAAUAAAUGUUAUGAACUUUAUGAAGCUCUUGCUUUAUGUUGCAAAAGUAUUAAAUUCUUAUCUAUUCAAGGAGGAAUUGGAGAUAAUUCAAAUGAUAGUGAUGUUGGUGAAUCAUUAGCAAAUUUAAUUCAAAAUCAACGUCAUCUUGUUAAAUUUUCUCUUUGGGAUGUUCAACAAAGUAAUCAAUUAUCUUCAAUUAUUAAAGCCAUAACAUUACGUAAAGGAAAACUCAAAUAUUUAGAAUUUAGAUUUUGUAAUUUUUCAAAUUGUGAUUUACUUUUUGAAAAUUUAGCUAAAUCUUGUUCAGAAUUAACUACCCUUAAAUUAAUUAAAUGUGGAGAUAUUCAAAGUAAUCUUAAUCCUAUCACAUUUUCAACUCCUAUAUUUCCUGAUUUAAAUUGUUUAGAUUUACAAGGAACUCGGGUACCCAGUAAAUCUUUAAAAACAAUUUUUAAAGGAGUAAAUAUUGAUUUAAGAAUUGUUCAUGUAGAAGGAAUAGAAGUUGGAUUAAGAGUAAUCGAAAGGAUUGCCGAUUAUUGUCCUAAUAUAACUCAUCUUGAAGCUCACGUAAGAAAAGACAAACUUUUACAAUUAGAAAUCCUUUUUCGUUCAUGUAAAAAUUUGUCAAGUUUAAAAUUUUAUGAAUAUAUUAGUUUUGGUAGUGUAUGGCAACAUUUAAAUGUAAUUAAAAAAUAUUCCUGGAAAAAAGGAUUGAAGAUCAAAAAACAUUACGCAGGAAAUUAUCGAGAAUUACUUAUGAGAGAAUUAGGACAUGUGAUUGUUGAAUUUGAGUAA